UUCCCCUGUGCACAGUUGAGGCUGGGCACCUCAGGCCAGAGCUGAAGACCCACCAUGCGCGCCACAGUCACUUUCCUGAUCUCCAUUGGGCUCUGUCUCGACUGGGCUGUGAGGGCACAGAUGGACACUCUUCCCAGGCCCACCCUCUGGGCCACCCCAAGUCUUGUGGUCCGCUGUGGAGCAGACGUGACCCUCAGGUGCCAGGGCCACCUGGGGAGUGACAGAUUCCAGCUCUGGAAGGAUGGAGAGCUCAGAGAUGAGAGAAAUGCAUCCUGGCAGCAGGCAGAGUUCGUGCUCAGGAAUGUGGAUGACCAGAGAGAUGCGAGAAGCUACAGCUGCCGCUCUGGGCAGGGGCCGUGGUGGUCAGAGCCCAGUGAAGCCCUGGCCCUGGUGGUGACAGGAGCCUUCCCUGCACCCUCCAUUUCAAUUUCACACCACUUCACAACCCCAGGGACAACAGUGGCCCUCAGGUGCCAAAUGGCAAUCACUGAAUUCUCUCAGAACUACAGUUUUGCCCUGCUGGAGGCAAAGAGCCUGGAGCCCUUCCAGCAACAGAGCCCUGCAGAGACCCAGGCUGUUUUCUCAUUUCCAUCUGUGAGGGUGGAGGACACCGGGAACUAUAGAUGUAUUUACUACAAGAAGACAGCCCCCCACAGAGGAUCUCGUCCCAGCCAGGCCUUGAAGCUGACUGUGCAUGGACCACUGCCCAAGCCCACUCUGUGGGCCCAACCUGGCCUCGUGAUGGCCCCAGGGACCAACAUCACUCUCUGGUGCUCAAGGCCCAAGCUGUCUUCCCUUGAAGAGGUGACCUUUACUUUGUAUAAGACUGGGACCAAGGGGCCCUUGCAGCAGCACACCUCAGCAGAUCUCUGGACUAGCUUCCUGCUCCCAUCUGUGAGACCUGAGAACACUGGGAGCUACAGUUGUACCUACAUGGAAUGGAGAGUGUCUGCUAGAGAAUCAGAGUCCAGUGAGGCCUUGGAGCUGGUGGUGCCAGGAUCUCUGCCCAAGCCUUCCCUCUCAGCCCUCCCGGGCUUUGUGGUGGAGUCCGGGAUGAAUGUCACUUUCCAAUGCCGGCAGCCCCAUCAGUCAUCUUUCUGGAGGGUGACAUUCACUCUGCUGAAGGUGGGGACCUCUCAACCCAUGCAGAGCCAGAGCCCAGCUGGGACCUCAGCUGACUUUCCCCUCCUCUCUGUGAGGGCCCAGGAUGCUGGCAACUACAGCUGUGUCUACUAUAGCAGGAUGGUUCCAUACCAGGUUUCUCAGCCCAGCAAUGUCCUAGAGAUCUGGGUGACAGAUGCACUUCCCAAGCCUUCCCUCUCAGCCUGGCCUAGCCCAGAGGUGGCCUCAGGGGCCGAUGUGACUCUCCGGUGCUGGGGGCCAUUAAGAGGUUCUAAGUUUCUUCUCUACAAGGAGGGAGAUGACAAAAACCUGCCAAGCAUGGAUCCCACUCAAGAUGGAGCCCUGUUCUUCCUGACUCAUGUGACCCCCAAGCACUCUGGCAAUUACAGCUGCAGAUACCAACUCAGCACCAAUGGAAGUCUCUGGACACAAUGCAGUGACCCCCUGCAGCUUAUAGUGACAGGUUCAGAGCUCAGUAACACCCUCCUCAUCACCCUCAGCUGUGUUUCCUCCCUCCUCCUCCUCUGCCUUCUCUUGCUGGCACUCCUCUGCCAAGGAUCCAUCCCUGUGGGGUCUUUACCAGGAGAGAACCCUAGGAGGUGCCUCUGUCACCCUUGUCUUCCUUGUAGCACUUCCUUGCCCCAUCAACCUAAGGCCCCCAGAGAGGAAGUCCUGUAUACAGAAGUGGCCAAGGACAGACCAAGGGAACCAUCGGGCCCCAUAGCAGAAGAACCCCAGGGAGUGACCUACGUUCAGCUGAACAUAAGAACCUUAAAUAAGAGGAAAGCCAACCCCAAGGAGACACCCACAGAACCUACCCUCUAUGCCACUGUGUCCCAGAAUUAAUGGUUUGGGCACUUUUCAUGAAAGACUUCUCUCCCUUCUGUUCUUCCACCCCUGUCUUCUCCCUCAGCCUCAUUUCAUCUGUUCUCUGGUACAUCUUCCCCAGGUUCCCGUCGCUGAGGAGCCCUGAUGGCAAUUAGGGAUAGCCACAGGUGUCUAGAGUUACACAAACCAAGUGCAUCAGUCUCCAAUCGUGAGAUACACACAAUUACUUACAGAGUAGAAGGGGGUGAUCAUCUCAGAGAGGUCAAUAGUGGUCACAGAGACCAGAAAGGACCUUCUGCACCAGAUGGGAUUGGAGCUAAGUUGUGAAGGAAACCAGGCAAGCUAAGAGGCAGAUUGGAGGAAGGAUUCAAUUCAAGGAAGGAGGGACACUCACCAUGGAGGCAUGAAGUUAGGAGACUAUUGUGUGCAAGGACAAAAAUAAUGCUCUGGUGUAGCUGGCUUAUACAAUGAGUACAGGGAUAUCAGGUGCAAGAAGACUAGAAAAGGAGGCAUCCACUGAGGCUCAUCACCUCCCUGAUGUCCUCCACUGAUCCCUCAAACUCACCCCAUGUAUCCAGUCUGGUGUCAAGCUGUCUUUUCCACCAUCACACAGUCUCUUGCAUAUGUCCCCUUCUCUCCAAUCACACAGUGACUACCCUAGGGCUUACCUCACCCCUGGUCUAUUGCAGUUGCCUGCUGGUGGGUCUGCCUGCCACCAGUCUCUCCCACUCCAAUCUAUCAUCCCCUCAGCCAUCAAAUUGUUGUAUUUGAAGUGCAGGCCUGAAUAUGUCAGCCCCCUAGCUAAUAAACUCCACUUGCUCCCUAUCAGCUCUAGGAUUAAAAAUAGAACCCUGUAUCAUUCAAAGUCCCUUCAUAGGCUUCCCCAUGACCUUUCAAGUCUUCUUACAACUUAUGUCUUCUCAUACACUCUUGGCAGCACAGACAGUCAAAGUCCCAAGCAAAGGCCAUCAACUUCAUCAAGGCAUUCCCAUGAUCCCCACCCCUCUUCUACUCAACUCAUACUCUUAUUGUCAGUGUCUACCAUGAUGGCUCAUGCAGAGUAAGUGCUUAAGAGAUUUUUGUAGACUUUUAUUGGUAACAAGGUAGGCCAGGUCCAGAUAGUCUUUGAAAACAGGCUUGAAAUCUGAAGGAACUUGUAUAUGUGAUCUAGUCUGACCAUGGAGGUCUGCAGAGAUUAAGUGGCUAGGGAGUCCCUUUAGAAAUUGAGUUUAAUCAAAGUGAAAGAUUAGAGACUCACAAUAAAGAGAUAGGAGUCUCUUGGAAUAUAGGCUAGAUGGAGAAGUCAGGAAGGGACCAAGGAAUGAUGAGGCACCCAUAAGGAAAAGAACCCUUAAGUCUACCCCAUUCUUGUACAGAGAUGGGCAGAUUGUUGGGAAUUGUCUGGCAUCCCUUUCAAUAUCUACUGCUCAUAUCCUUUGAAAUAUUUUCCUCCUGGUCACCAGGUAGUUGCCUUUGUGCACAGUUGUGGUUUUUGUUUGUUUCUUUCUUUUAUACUGUGUCUUCAAGGCAAGAUUCUUUGUAGUGUUUUUUCAAAUUAUUUUGAAUUUAAACACAUACAAAAAAACACUGAGCAUUUCCAUGUGCCCAAUGGAACGUAAAAACAGAUAACAUAUGAGACUGUGAAUUUCCAUUUCAUACACACACACACAUGCACAUGCACUCAUACACAUGUAACUUUCAUAUGCUGAUUUCAAAACCAUCCUGUUGCGCAUAUUUCCUUUGAAAUUUUUUUUCUAUUCUCCUCUGUAUAUUUUAAAAAUAUGUAAAUGCUUCUUCUCUUUUGGCAUUUCUAUUGUUAUCCCUACCCAGAAUUUUAAAAAUUUCCAAAUUAAAAAAAGAAAAAAUCCUUAUAAUAA